AUGAAAAAUAAUUCGAGGAUUAUUGGUAUGGGUGUUGAUUUGACAUCCAUAUCAAGAAUGCAUAAAUUAUUGAUGAAAUAUGGAGAAAAAUUUGUGAAAAGAAUUUAUCAUCCGAUUGAAAUCGAUCAGUGUCCUUAUAGUUUUGAGAGUGCAUUCCAUCGAUCGAAUACAAGCAUCGGCACUUUAAAUACGAACACCACAAACAAUAAUUCACCUGACAAUGACGAUCAUCAUGUUUCGAAACGAGAAAUUAAUACUAGGGAUCAAGAAUUCAAUCAACAUUUAUUAACUCAACAACACAUGGUUUUGCAAAUGAAGAUUGCACAAUAUUAUGCCUCAAGAUGGGCUGCAAAAGAGGCUACUAUAAAGGCAUUAGGAGUGAGUGGAAUUGGCAGCAAGCAAAUGUAUGUUCACAAGCAACAACAAACAGGCCAUUUACUUUCAGAGACCUCUAAAAUUUCAAAUAAUUACAGGACGCGGUUGUUUCCUCCUCUCCUGAAACUGGAGGGUGAAGAGAUUUCAAAAAUUGUGAGAGAAAUUUUAGACGAAAGAAACGCCAAUGAUUAUGUGACUCAUCUCUCACUAUCUCACGAAGGUGAUAUGGCAAUUGCUAAUGUCAUUAUCGAAGCUAUUUAUGAAUAG